ACAUUACGAUAAAUAUGUCGAAAUUUUUACAUUACUUUUGUAAAAAAAUACAACAAAGAAUCAUCUAUUCGAGACAAUUUGGACAUAUUCCAAUAGUAGUAGAGCAGUCCGGAAGAGGUGACCGAGCUUACGAUAUUUAUUCAAGAUUACUUCGUGAACGGAUUAUCUGUUUGAUGGGUCCUAUCACAGAUUAUACGAGCUCCCUAAUUAUUGCUCAGCUCCUAUUUCUUCAAGCAGAAUCAACAAACAAACCUAUCCAUAUGUACAUUAAUUCGCCCGGGGGCGUUAUUACUUCAGGUUUGGGUAUUUACGAUACUAUGCAAUAUAUUUUACCUCCGGUAGCUACUUGGUGCGUCGGCCAGGCUUGUAGCAUGGCUUCGUUAAUUCUUGCCGCUGGCGAAAAAGGAAUGAGGCAUUCCCUUCCAAACUCAAGGAUCAUGAUCCAUCAACCAUCCGGGGGCGUCACCGGUCAAGCGACUGAUAUCAAGAUUCAAGCAGAAGAAAUAUUAAAAAUGAAAAAACAAAUCAAUUAUUUGUAUGUAAAACAUACAGGAACGGCUUUGGAACGAGUAGAGCUGAGUGUGGAACGAGAUAACUUUAUGAGCCCGAACGAAGCUUUAGAAUUUGGGAUUAUUGAUAAAGUAUUAACGAGUCCCCCCAAAACAAAACAUGUUCCCGAACUUGACAAGAUAUUACCGAAAAGAAUGGACGUUUUUAACCAAACAAUGGCAAAUCAAUCUACACUAAAGCCCUAAUUAUUUGUUCUUGUAA